UGGAAAUAAAGGAUGCGCUUGGAGAGAAACAGUCGGCCAUGGAAAUGGGAUUUACUUUGGAAAAUGUACAUUAUUCAAACUUUGGUCGAGUGCAUACAGAGUUGAAAUACUUAAGAGAUAUUUGCUCAAACUUUGAGGUCUUUCUAUAUGCGUGGAUGGAUACUAAGGGAGGAACGCAUGUGCAAACGUCUGGAAAUAUAAAUAAGACGACUUAAUUCAUUUGUUUUCGUAAACAACCUCAUCUGUUGUUCUCAAAGCAUUUUGUCCUCCUCACCGGAAAACGCUGCCAAACAACUUCUGUGGUUAAAUGGGGGCAUUGUAACUUGUUUUCAGGGGGUAGAAGCAACUACGGAAGAAGAAGAAGAAGAAGAGUGUGGACUAUUCAUCAAUGAACAGAGAAAUGAAAAGUGGGAGGACAGGCAAAGCAAUGGCUGAAAGGGAGAUGGAGAGAAAAGCGCCUGUUUACAGGAGCGUCUCUUUCAAAAAGUUGGAGAGCUGGAGCGCAAAGAAGCGCAGAUCAUUUGGAGAGGAUUUGGAGAGGUGCGGUGCCCUUCCCCCAGACGCCGCAGAGGCGACGCGCACUGUUACUGUAUCCAGAAAAGUUUCCAAAAUCUCCGCGGCCAGCCUCUCGACCGCAGACCUAAAAAAAGCCUGUCAUGGAAUCUCUCCUUCUGUGCGCGAGCUUUCUGAAAAGUUCAGUUUGAGCUCCUCAGGAAACACAGCUUCGAUCGUUAAAAGUGCCGACGAUUUGUCUUUGCAUGACAGUGGCUGCAAGGAGUUUUUGGAGCCCACGCCAGAGAAACUCAAAGAUAAUAACAGAUAUUGUUCAACUCAAGAGUCUUUGUCAGGCUCAGAUUCGGACAGAGGAGAAAAACGCACGAUUCGCAUUAGAGCUGGGAGCCCAAUAUGCAAAUCUCAUCGCAGUUAUCACCCUUCCUAUGGAGAGACCAUUCAUGUUGAUGCUAACUGGCCAAGCGUUACUAAGAUUAGAGAACUAUUUGGGGAUGGACGUAGAAAGCAGCAUAGGUCAACUUCAGAUGCUGAUGACUUGAAAUCUGCCUGUCAACACUUUCAGCAUUCUUUUGAUGCUAAAGACAGCACCUUGAGCACAGAUCAAAGUGUCACACAGCCCUCACACCUGCAAACAGGUCUCUGGCAAGAUACAAACAGCUCUGAUCAUGACAACAAUGCACUGUAUAUAGACUAUUCAACACCAAAUUGCAAUAGAUCCCACCAUUUAAGUGCCGAAAUCUAUUCUUGUGAGUUUAGCAGUGGCACAAACUGUUUGAAUUGUGAUCUUCCACAAAAUAAUAGUGGAACUCAAAGUCCCAUAGGCAUUGAUUUUAAGCAGCCAUCUCCCCCAGAACCCCCACCCCGCAGUAGAGCGAGCGCUUUGCCCCUCAGGUCCCACUCAUUUUCUCACCAUUGGCAGCUGCAGGAGCACAGAAAGAGGGCAGAGCAGCCACAGACACCGGAUAGCUUGCAUUCCUCACAUAACUCUUCCAAACCACAGACAGGCCCCUCCGUGGAACUAGCUGGAAUUCAGGAGAGACUGAGCUCUGGAGAAGAGAACGAGGAGUCAAACCGAAGAACAGGUGCUAACACAGUUCGCACCAGUGAUGGGAUAACCACGCACUGCCCCCCAAACAAGCAUGGCUACAGGGCUACAUUGAGGGGACGGUCUUCAGGAAGUGAGGAGGACAGCCCUGCAGUGCAGGCUCAGCACAACAAGGACUUAAGACGUCGCUCACUAAGGAAAAAGAAGAAGAGCAGUUGCAGCCGAGAUAAUGAGGAGUCAGAUGACAGCGACGACCAGCAUAUAAUGAUGGAGCACUUGGAAAGCUCCUAUGAUUCUCAGCCCAUGAGCCGCAGGAGUGAGGGCUCCCGAUCUAGAGGAUGUUUUACAGGCCCUUCUUGGGCACGAAGUAACCUAUCUCCAUGUUCACAUGUAUCUAAGGACAGCUUUAGACAGCUUUAUAGAACUUUUGAGGGGCCAGCUGCAGCCAGUCCUGUUCCACAGGUGUCGCGGGUGUCAAAGGUCAACAUACCGUCAUUUAUAGCCAGUCCAUUGGGGUCAAGGAGUAGUAGCAGGUAUUCUAGCACAGAGACAUUAAAAGAAGAGGACCAGCCAGCUAACACCCAAACCACUGGAGGGGCCUCAUCAGCUGUUCUGAGUAAAACAUACCAUGGGAAUGCCACCAUGUACCGCUCACCCAGUUUUGGCCAUGGAGAUACCUUUUCUCGUGCCCCAGUUCGAAUUCAUCCUAGACUGAUGCCCAGAUUGAAUCCAGUCGGCUGUAAAAAAGGCACUUUAGAAAACAGGGUAUUCCCUCACUCUAUAAAUAAUGAGAAAGACAAGAAUAGGAUCUCAGUGUCAAACCCUGACAUUGCCUCAGAAACACUGUCACUUCUUAGCUACAUUAAGACAGAUCUGUCAGAGCUUAGAAUGAGAAAGAAAGGGCAAGAUGGUGAAGACAGUCUAAACUCUGGGUUUCAGGGCACAUCAGUACACAGGAUGGGCUCCAGGGCACAGCGGCCACACCCUGGACGGCCCUCUCUGAAAGACCUUACUGCUACUUUGAGGAGGGCAAAGUCAUUCACAUACUCUGAGAAGCCAGUAGUGCAGCGAUAUUAUGGAAGUGGGCCAGGUUUGAGGAGUUCCUCUGAGCAGCAGCUAGACUGUGAAGGUAUUGGAGAGCAGGUGGUAGUUCCUGAAAGGGAGGUGGAGAGUGAUGACUGUAGGAGUACCUAUGGUUGCUACGAGCCAAUGCCAGCUUCUCUGCAAGACCGCUAUGUGCAGGAAGCCAGACAGGUAAUAAGGGACAUCUGUCAAAUGGGUGAAGGUAAGGAAGAAGAGGAUUAUGAGGGAGAGAGUUUCAAGAGAAAAAACGAUGAGGCCAAACAAGACACUGAAUUAGAAAAUAAGGCAAAGCAAGAGGAGAGGAGACUUGAACAUACUGUUUUUGUGGGGUGUAAAGAAGGGGAAGCUGACAGAGAAAGUGGAAAAUGUUUACAGAAAGGAAAUUCAGAGGAGAAUGUGUUCUGUGAUAAAUCGUUGGAUGAGCUCUCUGGUCAUGAAUCUAGCCUCACAGAUGAAGGGAUAGUCACAGAGCCAGAGGUGGGGUUGUAUGGGGGGCUGUCCUGUGGUAAAGAUCUGUUAGGUCAAACCCUCACCGUUUGGAAUCAGUCAGGGUUGUACGAGGAACAUUUGCCUGAUACAACAUCAGAGGAAUCUCUUUCAUCUCAGGUUCCUUCUGUUAGGACAGAUUAUGAGGGGGUAUCCAAAGGAGGAGACAUGAGCAGCAGUAAAAAUGUAAACCAGGGAGCCUUAGAGGCUCCAUCUACUCCCAGCGCUAUUCGCAGGCGAAGGAAAUUCUCCUCAGUUGGCAACAACACCUCGGAAUCCAGCAAUGGUAGUAACAGAGAGUCAAAUGGUGAGUCUGCAUACCGCUCGUUGAGUGAUCCCAUGCCUCACAGAAGUUGUUUGAUUGCAGAAGACAGUGGAAAGAGCUUCUCUAUGGAUAGCAACCUGCUUAGUUCACUGUCUUUAAACUCCAAAGUGGGUGGUGGUGUGGAUUCCUCAGCAGUAGACCUAUCGGAAUAUACAGGCAGUGCCGCUAGUGACCUCUCCGUGUUUAGUGAAAGUCUGCGAGAUUACAGCAAUGUGAUUCAGAGUAUAGUUUGCGAACCUGGCACGAUGGACAAUCUUAUAGACGAGAAAGCAAAUGGUAAGGCCGUGAAGAAAAAGAGCUUUAGUGACCCCAGCAGACGUGGCGAACUGGCAGACACAGUCCUAGAAUUUCAAAGGCACCCCAGUGAGCCAAUUAGUGAAUUAGAACAAUCUAUACCACCUUCUAGCAGUGAGCCCAUCUUAUCAGAGCAAAGAGAUGAGCUAUGGGCGCUAAACAGCGAACGACAGAUUUAUUGUCCCACCAGGAGGCCUCGUUUCCAAUCUGAGCAUGUUUUGCCAUCCCAUCUUGGUCAUAAUGGAGAAACAAAAGUGGUGGUUGAGCCCUCCUUUCCCUUUGACCCUAAGCUAGCUCAGGUUUUGUCUCCUCGCAUGAGUCGCAGAACCUCCAAGAAACGCUCAAACCGCUUUACCAACCAGGUGUCUUGUGAUGAAGGGGAUCACUUAGAGGAACAAGUUGAGGAGCCAUCUUCUGGGGACCACCCGAACUCCACAUCCAUCCUCCCUCAAUUUCCACCCCCAAAGGUCAGGUGCAAACAUGUGCGUCAUGCCAGUGAACCUGCCAUAUUUGUGCCAGUCAUUCCUUCAAAUACCCAGAUCUCCCAGGACCUUCAGAGGUCUAGUCAUGUCCCUGAGUCUCCACCAUCCCUUAAAAUAGUCCAGGGAGAGGAUGCUCCAUCAUUACAGGAUGUCACUGAGCAAUACAUCCUGGCCCUUAACUCUCCGGAGGGCCCAGCGGAGUCCCCUACAGCCCCUAGUGGGAUCACACCAGAGGAAAGAACGUCAACACCCUCAGUGCCUAAUGCCACUGCUGAGCCACAACUAGAGAGGAAGUCCAGUGAUGAGCUCACCACUGCCCCUCUGAAGGCCAAACCAAGAGUUGAUAUGAGAAAACAUGUCAUGAUGACACUACUGGACACAGAACAGUCUUAUGUUGAAUCUCUACGCACACUCAUUCAGGGCUACAUGAAACCCCUCAAGCAUCCAGAGAACUCCCCUCUCUGUGACCCGUCUCUGGUGGAUGAGAUGUUCUAUCAGAUCCCAGAGAUAUUUGAACAUCACGAGCAGUUUCUGGAACAGGUUGUGGACUGCGUAAACCAAUGGCACGACAAACAGACGGUCGGACACCUGCUCAUUCAGUCGUUUUCCAAAGAGAUCCUUGCCAAUAUUUAUUCAGCAUACAUAGACAACUUCAUGAACGCCAAAGACGCAGUGAGAAUCGCCAAGGAGGCCAAACCUGCUUUCCUAAGGUUUCUAGAGCAAAGCAUGCGUGAGAACAAAGAGAAACAAGCUCUGGGUGACCUGAUGAUAAAGCCAGUGCAGCGGAUUCCACGAUACGAGCUGCUAAUCAAGGAUCUUCUAAAACACACCCCUGAGGAUCACCCAGACUACUCAUUUCUACUGGAUGCUCAGAAGAACAUCAAACGAUUGGCCGAAAGGAUUAACAAGGGCCGACGUAGUGCAGAGGAGCUGGAGAGAGAGACACGCAUCAUGCAGGAGAUCGAAGCUCACAUAGAGGGCAUAGAACAUAUCCUGAAUCCCCAAAGGAAGUUUCUUAGACAAGAGAUGGUGGUAGAAGCGAAAACAGUAGGCGGUAAGAAGGACCGAUCUCUCUUCCUCUUCAGUGAUCUGCUCAUCUGCACCACUCUUAAGAAGAAGUCAGGAACUCUACGCAGAAGUUCCAUGAAUCUGUAUUCUGCUGCUAGUGUCAUUGACACCUCAAGUAAAUAUAAGUUCAUGUGGAAACUGCCUUUAGAAGACUUGGAAGUUGUUAAAGGCUCUAAUCAAGCCACCAACAGAGAGAACAUCCAGAAGACCAUCAGUCGUUUGGAUGAAGAUCUCAGCACACUUGGUCAGAUCAGCAAACUGUCAGAAACGCUUAGUUUUCCUCAUCAGAGCUUGGAUGAUGUGAUAAAGGAUCUGAUGGCGUCAGUUCAUCGUGAGCUGGCUGAGAAGCAGUCUCUGGCCUUUAGCAUGACGUUAUUGCCCACUAAACUGGAGCUCAGCUCCCCCUCAGCCGAGAACACCUUCAUAUUUGAGUUCAGCAGUCCUGAUGCUCGCAGUAACUUUGAGCAAGCGUUCGAGGAAGCCAAAAAGAAACUCGCCAUGAACAAGGACCAGUGGGACCCUGAGUUCCUGAAGGCCAUCCCCAUCAUGAAGACCCGCAGCGGGAUGCAGUUUUCCUGCGCCUCACCGAGUCAUAGCUGUCCAGAGAACACGUAUGAGGUGUGGGUGUGUAACAGUGACGGUUACGUGGGUCAGGUGUGUCUGUUAAACAUCCGUGAUGAGCCGACAGUGGAGGCCUGCAUCGCUGUCUGCUCGGCUCGCAUCAUCUGCAUUGCAGCCGUACCGGGCCUGAAGAACAGUAGAGAACGAGUUGGCCAUUCCAACCUUUCCGUCCCGUCUGAGUCGAACCCUACGGCCUCUACUCAACCCCAGCUCCACAUCUCUAUCUCUGGCUCGUCUCUGGAGCUCAACGAGCCCCCUGUAGAGCCUGCAGCAGAGCUCGUGCCCUUCGACAGUGAUGAUACGGAUGAUGAAGACUCUCCCAGUCCUUCAUCCACACUGCAGAGUCAAGCAUCCCAUUCCACAAUCUCCUCCAGCUUCGGCAAUGAUGAGGCAGCGGUGUCUAAAGACAUGGCCACAGAGACAACCAGCUCUGAAGAGGAGCAGGAGUUUCCUGUGCCCAGCUCUUAUGGAGCCCCUCGGCUCAGCGCGGACAGUCCCAUGGACGGACGAGCCAUGCGGCGGUCCAGUCGAGGGUCUUUCACCAGAGCCAGCCUGGAGGACCUGCUCAGCAUCGACCCAGAGGCGUACCAGAGCUCUGUUUGGCUCGGGACCGAGGACGGCUGUAUUCAUGUGUACCAGUCAUCAGACAACAUCAGGAACCGUAAGAACAGCAUGAAGAUGCAGCACUCUGCUUCUAUCUUGUGUAUACUGUAUCUUGACAACAAAGUAUUUGUGUCUCUGGCAAACGGGGAGGUGAUAGUGUACCAUAGAGAAGCAGGAAGUUUCUGGGACCCUCAGAGCUCUCAGACGCUGUGUUUGGGUUCUUCAAGUGGACCCGUGACCAAAAUGGUUCCAGUGGCGGGAAAAUUGUGGUGUGGCUGUCAGAAUCGGGUUCUUAUCGUCAACACCAGCACAUUAACACAAGAGCACUCAUUCCAAGUGGGUCAGGACAGCGGGCGCUGCAUCACUAAUAUGGUGUGCUAUGGCAAAGGCGUGUGGAUCGCUCUGCAGGGCAGCGCUCAGGUGCGGCUGUAUCACGCCUCCACCUACGAGAGCUUGACGGAGGUUGAUGUGGCCCCAGCUGUGCACAAGAUGCUGGCAGGUUCUGAUGCUAUUAUCCGCCAGCACAAAGCAGCGUGUUUGCGGAUCACCGCUCUGUUAGCAUGCAAAGACCUGCUGUGGAUUGGGACCAGUGCAGGGGUGGUCCUGACUCUGGCUAUCCCACCCGUGUCCUCCAGCACUGGGCCAGGCACUGUGCGCACUCCCCUCGUCCCCAUGGGCUCCGCUCACGGACACACCGGACACGUCCGAUUCCUCACGUGCAUAGAGCUGCCCGAGGGCUUCGACGUCAACUUCCCUCCUCAGUCAGAGUCAGUGAACUCCACACAGAACAACACUGAAAACAGCGCUGAAGGUUUGCAGAGAAGAGACUCCGCCCGCCGGCGCGCCUCCACCCUCCUGCCUGUUAAAUCCAACCUGCUGGGCAUCAGCGGCGGUGAUGGCUAUGAAGACUUCAGACUGACCAAUAGCAGCGAGACAGUGGGGCGGGACGACAGCACCAACCACUUGCUGCUGUGGCGUGUGUAACAGAAGACCCGCUUCUGUUACACCCCUCUUCAAACAAGCCACUGGACUAGCUCACGCACUUCCCCCUGAAACCCACCCCUUCCUGUUCUCUGAUGCAUCUGAGACAUAAAAAAUGGGGUGUUCAUUUCCGUUAAGUUGUGAUAUGGGUCAGUGCUCUCUGUCAUUUAGUUUCUUGGUGUAAGAAAUCGAUCAUGCUUGCCAAGUGGUGUUUCCUGUGAGUGCUUUUAAAUAUUGUGUUAAACUCAAAGAAAACUUUAGAAACUGCAUUAAAAGAAGACAGAAAAAUGUAAGUAAGGAUUGACCGGAAAACAAGAGAGAAAGUAAAAGAACAUUGUAUAAGGAACAAUAAGUAGGUGGUUGAAGGAAUAGUUCACCCAAAAAUGAAAAUUCUCUCAUCAUUUACUCACACUUAUGCCAUUCCAGAUGUGUAUGACUUUAUUUCAUCUGCUGAACUCAAAUGAAGAUUUGUAGAAGAAUAUUUCAGCUGUUUUGGUCCAUUCAAUGCAAGUGAAUGGGUGCCAAACUUUUGAAGCGCCAAAAAUCACAUAAAUCAGCAUAAAAGUAGCCUAAUCCAUGUGACUCCAGUGGUUAAAUCAAUGUCUUCAGAAGUGAUAUGAUAGGUGUGGGUGAGAAACAGAUCACUUACACAUUCUUCUUCUUGUGUUUCUGUUGAUUCACAUUCUUCAUGCAUAUGGCUCCUUACUGGGUGGGGAGAACAAUUUCUAGCAAAAAAAGUACAUACAUAUUGAUCUGUUUCUCACCCACACCUAUCAUAUCACGUCAGAAAAUAGGGUUUAAAACACUGGAGUCGUAUGGAUUACUUUUAUGCUGCCUUUAUGUGCUUUUUGGUGCGUAAAAUUCUGGCACCCAUUCACUUGCAUUGUAUAGACCUACAGAGCUGAGAUAUUCUUCUAAAAAUCAUAAUUUGUGUUCUGCAGAAGAAAGUCAUACACAUCUGGGAUGGCAUGAGGGUGAGUAAAUGAUGAGAUAAUUUUUAUUUUUGGGUGAACUAUCCCUUUAAGAGAAUAAUUUACCCAAAAAGGAAAAUUCUGUCAUUUACUCACCCUCAUGUUGUUCCAAACCCGUUUGAUGUUCUUUUCUCAUUGGAACACAAAAUGAGAAAAGGUAAAGAAUGGACUGGCCAGCUGUACUGCAUCUUUCCAUAUUACAGUAUGAAAUGAAUAGGGACUGUUGCUGUUGUGCUCCAAAAUGACUAAAAAGGAUAUAAAAGGACUCGUAGAAUAUAUUCUGAAGUCUUUAGAAGCCAUAUAAUACCUUUGAUGAAAAAAAAGAAGACUAAUAUUUCCCUUCACUGUAGCUUUCAAACUAAAUAUAGCGUUGUCAAUGGCGUGAACACAGUAGUGUUGCACCAAGUUUGAAUCGUGAUGCACCAAGUUUGAAUAUGCAUAAGUGUGAAUGGGAGCUCCAGUGGAGGGGAAGAUUAUCUGUGAAUAAAGACUUAAAUUUCUAUCUGUUUCUAAACAUAUGGCUUGGAAUAUAGUGCUCUAAUCGUAUGGACUACUUUUAUGGUACUUUGUUGAUAUUUUAAUGAGCUUGACAGCCACAGUCCUCAUUAACUUACAUUAUAUGGAAAAGAGCAGGCAGUACAUUCUUCUACAUUUCUUCUUUUAUGUAUCCCCUGAAGAAAGAAAGUCAUACGGGUUUGUAAAUUAUGACAGAAGUUUCAUUUUUGGGUGAGCUGUUCUUUUAAUGUUUUUACGAGAAAGAAGGUCAAAGUUAUAGAUGGAUAGAAAGAGCAUUUGAAAUGCAUCACAGGAGGGAGGGUGGAUUCUGACAAAAGUAAAAAACACUUUUACAGUCAGAGUGGUCAACUACUGGUCUAUUUAGACUGUGAUUUCGUUCAAGAAUGAAGAUGUUUUUGUUAAACCUCUCAGUUGCGCCAUGCUGGACGAGAUGAGGGUUAAUCGUAAGUAACCAAUGUGCAAUAUACGGCUAGAGUACCUACAAACAGCUAUACAUCACACAUACACUCACUGUUUAGCCGCACACACACUUUACUACUCUACAGUAAUCAACAGACUCGCAGUCAGAGUUAUUAAACACUUUCAUUUUAUUAUUUUGGUUAUCAAAUCAUUUUGUAUGUAUAAAAAAAAAAGAGAUUUCACUACAUUAUGUAAAAGAACAGCAAUGACAUUCCAUUAUACUGUGUAGGUAUUGUGACAAAUUCUUUUGUACAGUAUUUAUGUUUUUUCAGUUUUAUUCAUAGCUCAGUUUUUUUUUUUUUUUUUAGCACUUAAUUUAUAAAUAUGAUAGUCUGCCGUUUUUCUCUACUGAAAGAUUUUGUCGCACAACAAAAAUUUGAGUCAGUGAGGUCGUGUUUCGUGAGUUCGAUUAAAUAAUUAUACAACAUUGCAGCAGAUCUCACAAAGAAAUGACGGGUCAUAUUUCGCCCCAAAAUCAAAAGAGAAAAUACUAAAUUCUAUUUUGCAAAAAGAAAAUUAAAAUAAAAUAAAAAGUCACAAUACAAAAGAAAUCUUAAUGGUUCUUUAAGUUAGGCUUAAUUUUCUUGAUGCAAAAUAUUAUGUCUUUCCUCAUUUUGAGGUCAAAUAUGACCUGGAUGUUUCUUGACCGUUUUUGUGAGAUUCACAUUAUGAUAGCUUUGUAGUUUAUCAAUGUUUUUUUUGUUGGUUUUUUUUCAGGAAAGGGAAUUGGAUGAUAUCGUUAAAGAAAUUGUUCAUUGUGACGUGUUACAGUACAUAAUGCUGAUUUGACAUGUAGAGUUUUGAGUUCGAGAGAGACAAUCUGUGCUUGAUUGUUAAUGUGUCUGUUUAGAUUAUGACACAUAAAAUGAACACAUACAUGUUACAGCCUUUUCGUUCAUUGUGGAGAGGGAAUUAACUGCUAAACCUCUCCGCUUGCACCUCAUGCCAACAGUUUGAUUGGUUUGCUGUGAAAUGAGCAAUUUCAGCUGCCUUGGUUGCUCUGGUAAGAGCCGAACAUCUGAAAGAUGUAGUCAGUCACAAACACACCCAAAUGUGCGCUUACCUGAAUCCAUAAUCCACUAAAUUCCCUGUGAUUUCAACAGGAUGCAUGUGAGGUCAUAUGAUUUGCUCCAACCAAAUAAUGCAAGGAAAUUUACAGGCAUAAUUUCAAGGUUUAAAAGUUUGUUUGUAGACAUGAAUGUUAGUGCCAAGAACUUGUGGUCUAAUUCUUUACCUGCAGGAAGAAACUGUCAAAGCAUUUCUGCUACUAUUGAAAAUAAGAAUCGACUUUGCCUUAUUAUAUUCAAGAUCCACAAAGAACCAUAUUUUCUUAAAGUCUGCAUUGGAGAGUUUUGUUUUUUAAUCAAAUAGCCAAAUCAAAUUGAGUUGAGACUGUUGUAAGUAACCCUCUAUUCCCUUUCUAGUGAAAAACGUCCUCAAUGUUUAUUGUAAAUAUUGGUAUAUAUUGCCUUUUCUCUGUACAUAGUGCUCUCACGGUCCACAAGUAUUCAAAUGAAUCUAAUGGCUUGUUUUUUACAAGUAUUGUGUCUAUUGUUUUUUCCUCAUUUGGCAUGUGCCGUCUCAUUUAAAUUAAAACUAUUACAGGAUUUUAAAAGAAGAAAAGAAAACCAGCUGUAUCAGUCGACGUGCUUAUUUCACAUCGUUUUCCUGUUACAUGUCAUAUUUUGCCACUGUGGGUUUCUUUGUAAUUAAACAUUUCACUGAUGACAGAG